GAGCCAACUUUCUUACACAAUCGAACAUUCUUGCAACGUCCUACGUACAUCUUCCCACCUCGCGAACAAAUCUUCGAAGACAUCUCGGUCGAAUCUAUUGCCAAUAUGAAUUGUUGAAACACUCCCUAAGUGUCCAGACCGCGCGACUGCGCGCUUCCACCACAUUUGACGACUCCCUUUGCGCCGGGCUCGGUCGCUCGUACAAUGGCCGCUCCUUCAGGCAAACCAGCGUCCGAGGCCGUCAACAAUUCGACCGGGAAUGCGCCACGUAGAUUCAAAGCCUCCGAGCUCCCCCUUCCCUCCGCGACACGCAGUGCGAUUGAAACGCUCGCGCACGCUUUCAAAAAGGAGGGCGCCUACGAUGCGAUCCGGAAACAGGUCUGGGAUAAUUUCAAAGCUAGUGACUACGAGGCUCAAGUCACAAAGUCCAUCCUCGCUGUUGCCGAACAGGAGGUCGAGAAGAACCCCCAUCAGCUCCUAACACUAGACACACGCAAAGCGGCCGCCCUCAUAGACGGUGCUCUUGAGCGAUCUGGCGUUUACCAGCAAUCGGAAGAGGUCAUUGGUCAGCUCAUUGACGUGAGCACGAUCGAGGAGCGCAUACGCGCGAUCCGGAAAGCGGACAUUGGCGAGGAGGCCGCCGAAGCCGAACGUGUACGAGGCGCAAAGACCGACGAGGAGUAUACCGCCGAGACCGAGGGCCGAAAGGAAGAGAGGAGGAAGAUCCGCGAGGAGCUCAAGGCCAAAGAGGAAGCAAUCGUCCUCGAAAAGCAGAGGAUUGCCGAGGAGGAGCGUAAGCGAAAGCGAAGAGCCGAAGACGAGGCGGAGCUCAAGCGACAAAAAGAGCGCGACGAACGCCGGGCGAAGCGUGAGAAGGAGCGGGAGGACCGAGAGAGAGCGCGGGAUCUUGAACGUGAAAAGAGACACCGCGAGCGUGACGCUAGAGACGCCGCUCGCGAGGAGGCUCGACGCACAAAGACAUCCGACGACAAGGCACCCGAGGUGCAGCGUGAGCUGUCCAAGGAAGAGAACGAAAGGUUGGAACAGGAGGCUCUGGCGGACUUGCUACGAGAGAGCGGUAACAGAUCAGCGAGCCGACACCGCCACUCAGGGUACGAGGUUGAUCGAGAACUUGCGCCUCCACCGAGACGAACCAAGCCAGCGUCUGCCAUUGACCCUAUCCGCAGGGACUCUUCCGCCAGACGCGACAGCUUGAGUAGAGUUGUACGGGACGAGAGAGGCUCGAGGACCCCAAUGGACUCGAAAAUCACGGAUCUGAGAAGCGACCGGAGACCUAGUCGUAGUGUUUCUAGAACUCGCGACCGCGACCGGGAUCGAGACAGGGGCCUAGACCGUGACCGCGAGCGUGAUAGAGACCGAGACAGGCGAGAUCGCAGCAGGGUACGCGACGAUGAUCGCCGGCGGGAAAGAGACAGAUCUCGCUCGCCAAGACGAGACGCAGACCGAGAUCGGGACAGAGACCGCCGCGAGAGGAGCCGUUCUAGGAUCAGGCGCGAUCGCUCGCGAUCACGUACUCGGAGGGACGAUAGAGACGACCGACGUGACAGGAGUCGAUCUAGAAGACGCGACCGCUCCCCCAUCCGCGACCGCCGUGAUCGCUCCAGAGACCGGGGCAGUGUUCGCGACAGGAGUCGUCACCGAGCCAGGAGCAGUGACCGACGCGAUCCCCGCUCCCGUUCGCGCUCGCGACGCAGAGACAGCCGCCCACGCCGCGAUCGCAGUCGUGAAUCGUCGCGCAUUAUGCAGCAUGAUCGCUACCAGCCCACUCGCGACAGAAGCCGUGAUCGGGAUACCACAGCCCGCGCUAGCUCCCGUUCCGUGGCCCGAGUUGCCGACAGAGCUAUUGAGGAUUCGGAGGAGUACAAGCGUGAAGAGAGAAUUCGCCGCGAAAAGGAAGCCAAGGCGUACAUGGCUGCUCAGAAGGAGGCUGCUGCCGCGGGCAGUGUGAGCGUGACCGCAGACUCCUACCACCCCCCUUCCGCACACAAGGAAGAUCGCUACAAGCCAUCCACCUCCGGACUCGACAGCGACAGAUACAAGCCACCGGCCCCCAUAGGCGAUAGCGAUCGCUACGUGCCUGGUUCACGCGACGACAGGCGGCGUAAGAGUCGAAGUCGCUCAAGAGACAAGGAUCGUGAUCGGCGAGACAGAGAUAGGGACCGUGAGCGUGAGCGUGACAGGCCGAGGGAACGCGACUAUGACCGCGACAGAGACAGGGACCGCGUCAGAGGCGACAGAGAUAGAGACCCGGUUCGCGACGACAGGGACAGGGACAGAGACCGAGACCGCGAUAGGGAUCGUGACAGGGACAGAGAGCGGGAGCGAGACCGGCGGAGGAGGGAUAGGAGCCUUUCUCCCAGGAGAGAUAGGGAUCGGGACAGGCGAGAGAGGAGUCGCAGUCGACGUCGCACUCGCAGUCGGAGCCGUCGCUGAGGUUGAUGCUGUCUUGUUGGGCGAUGUACGUCCUUGUAUCAAGUAUCUCGUCACAUCAUGUAUGGUGCCCUGUAAUUGCAAACUCAUUCCCCACGGAGACGUUGU